AUGCCUAGUCUCUUAGAGGAUAGCCCAGGGGGAGAGAUGUCGGAAUGGCCCGCUACCGAAACGCUUGAGCUAGCCCGGGCAGACCAAGAAGCGCAGGCAUUCGAGAGUUCCUACUUGACCGGCUGGAGGUUCUAUGGGACCAUUGUUGGUCUUGUCUUAGCAAACGGUAGACGAGCACAGACUUCCACACAACUGAUUAUUCUUCGUGCGUUCCAGGGAAUUGGUGGAGCAGGAAUGUACAAUAUGGCAAUGGUAAUACUGGCCGAAGCAGUUCCACCGUCAGAAUUUCCGAAGUAUGUAUCCCUUGUGGCUGCCAUUACUGCUAUAGCAUUUGCCGUUGGACCUUUGAUUGGUGGUGCUUUGACAAGUCAUGCAACAUGGAGAUGGGUAUUUUGGAUAAAGGUUUCUUUUCUCACAGGCGCGCCUUUUACUUGUGCAACAAUUCAGAUUCCACAAAGAUAUCAGACUGUCAAUGGUUUGAGCCCGUACGAUGCUGGUGUUCGACUCUUAGCGUUCAUUGUAAUGGCCCCAGUAGGUGCAGUCAUUGGAGCUGGCCUGGCCGACAAAUUUAAGAUCAAGCCAACAUAUGCAUUGAUUGGUGGGGCAGUCUUCCAACUAAUCGGCGCAAUUUGUUUCGUCACCAUGCCAUAUUCUUCCGACAUCAAAUCAUCCCAGUACGGCUUUCAAGUCAUAUUCGGCAUCGGAUCUGGCAUGAGUAACGCCAUAGCGACCACUUCAGUGCCGUUCAUUGUGCAGAGAAAAGACAUUCCGGCUGCUUUGGGUGCCAACACACAAUUUCGAUACCUUGGUGGGGCAAUUGGCUUAGGUUUAAUCACAAGUGUCUUUAAUAGCAAUCUUCGGCCUAGAUUGGCGACCAUUUUAGAUCCUGAGCAGCUUUAUGCGAUUCUUCAGUCUGCUGAAAUUAUUAAGACUUUAUCUGAAGAACAAAAGGGGCUUGUACUCGAAGCAUUUGCUCACGGAUUCACUCUGCAAUGGAAAGUUAUUUUGGCUUUGAUUAGUGCCCAGGUACCCGCAGCAAUCAUGAUGUGUAUUCUUGAGUGUGACAUAUUGUGA